AUGGUGCUAUCAAUUUUCAAUGCCUACGCUACCCCAAAAAUAUUUGGCAUUAUUAAUGAGAAUAUCACACAUGAUGGGCCAAAGAUUAAGCAAGACGAUGUGCUGGAAGGACGAGGGGUGAAAAGAGCAAUUGAGGAAUUGAAACUAGAAGGCCGAAAACCCGGUGCUGUUUUCAUUACUUCCCCUACUUAUCAAGGAUUAUGCAUCAAUAUAAAAGAGAUAUCUGAGCUAUGUAAUCUACAUAACAUUCCUCUUAUUGUAGAUGAAGCUCACGGUGCUCACUUCAAAUUUCACCCAUCUCUUCCCUUGUCGGCCCUCGAGCAAGGUGCGGAUGUGGUUGUUCAAUCCACCCAUAAAGUUCUUUCUUCUCUUAGUCAAUCAUCUAUGUUACAUGUAUCCGAUAAUAAUAUCGUAGACAAGGAUAAAAUCAGCAGAUGCCUUCAAAGCCUUCAGAGCACUAGUCCAAGUCCCCUACUUUUAGCUUCACUGGAUGCUACUACAACUCAACUAAAACAACAUUCAGCAAGUAUUUUUAACAAUGCAAUUAAUUUAGCAAUGGAAGCUAAAAACACUAUCAAACAAAUUCUAGGAAUCACUGUAUUUGAUUUCCCUAACAUUGACCCUUUACGUGCUACUUUUGGUGUCUAUGAUCUUGGUGUUUCCGGAUAUGAAGCUGAUGACUUCUUGUUUAUGGAUCAAAAGGUAAUCUCCGAGCUCUCUACGCCGCGAUAUCUCACACUUACGAUUCCACCAGGAACUUGUAGGGAGGACAUCAAUAGGCUAAUCUUGGGAUUUAAGCAUUUAUCAUCAUCGUCAUCGUUCGUCCAACAUAAAAGGAAGAAUGAAAUAAAGCGCGCUGAUGUACGUAUUAACAUGUGGAAGGAUAUUGACAUGAAAUUAACUCCACGAGAGGCUUUCUUUGCGAAGAAAAAGAAGGUAGAUCUUAAAGAUGCAGUCGGAAAAAUAUGUGGUGAGUUGAUAUGUCCAUUUCCACCUGGUAUUCCUAUUACUGCUCCGGGUGAAGUGAUAUCAGAAAGAGUUAUAGAUAUUUUAUUGCAAUUUAAAGAUGAUGGUGCUAAAGUGAUUGGAGCUUGCGAUCCUCUUCUUUCUUCUAUACUUGUAUGUGAUACCGAUACUACAUCCGUUUCUUUUUAA